GAAGUUUAUUGUCUAACCCGUACAGUACCGUCAUUCUAUUAAAAUCUUCAAUUGCUUUUGCUGCGUUUCUGGUCUGAUUUGAUAACAAAGAAAGACAAAGAAAGAAAGAAAGAAAGAAAGAAAGAAAGAAAGAAAGAAAGAAAAAAGAAUCAGCCGUUCCCAAGAACACGGAAAGAGGUCUCCCUUCGUUAAUAGCCUCGAGCAGGUAGGCUAGCGAGUGACUGGCUGCCUUGUUCUGCAGUCUGAGAUCGAGUACAGAGAGAAGGGGACAGAGGCAUUAGGAAAAUCGUAAGAGAACAACAUAUGAAAGAAAAAACACAGGACACUCAACUGGCAUUAACGCAAUAAAAGCGUAUCUGUGAAAAUCAGAGAUCGCGGCUGGAUCAGGCUGUUUCAUUGAACGUUGUGUGCUGAAGAAAUGAAUACAUUAAGUGCCGAAGACGCUUAUACACACGACCACAACCGCGCGCUCCAGUCUGACCGGCAGCCGGAGUUCACAACACAUAUUUCCGCAGUCACGGGAACGGGAGCUCUAGCCUGGGCUCCGGGUCAUCUCGUCCAUGCAUGGUACCCGACCGCGUGCCAGCCUGCCUUGAGCCGCGGGAUGAGUACGCAGCACGGUCUCCCAGCAGGGCACCAGAACGCUGCCCGGGCAGAGAGGCCUGGCAAGCACUGCCAAGCAGCGUGCAUCGCUGUGUCACUGUGCCUAGCCGUGCUGGUGCUUGGGGGCGCCGCCACAGUUACCUGGUACUUACUGACCUCCUGUUCAGCUGAGAGAAUGUAUUUCGGAGGAUCCUUACGCCUCACGAAUGCCUCAUACAGUCCAGCUUUGACACACAGAAACACUCCAGAUUUCAAGAUCCUCGCCAGCACACUUCAGCAGCUGUUAAGCAAAGCCUUCCUAAAUUCUAAACUGGUUUGGCAUUUUCUAAGCGCCAAUGUAACAUCAUUCAGCGAGGGCAGUGUGGUCUCUCACUUUUCUCUCGUGUUUCUUGUGGAGGAUGAGGGCCGGCCGGAGCACAGUGCUGCCCCUGCAGCAGACGCUGUGAGUGUGUUGACCAGUCACCUCAGGGAGAUGACCUCCUCCCACGGGAACAGCAGCGCUCUCCUUGGACACUACGAAGUGGAUGCUGCUUCGCUUGUCCUUUAUGAAUCAAGUCUUGAGGAAUAUUUACUGUCUUCACAGGAGGCUUGUGCGGUUGUGGAUAACAGGAUCAAGUGGCGCGGUCCAGCUGCGUGUCACUGGGAGCUGAGGGCGCCCGCUGGCCAGCUCGUUCAAAUCACCAUUCAAAACUUUAUCAUGGACGGGGACUGCCACACAAACUCUAUUGCAGUGUAUGACUCACUGGUAGCAGGACAAGGACGGCUCAUCACAAAGGUCUGCUCCUCCAGCCGGCUCGCAUCCCUCCAGCCGCUCAGUGUGGUUUCAUCAGGAAACGUCAUGUUAAUCGCUUUCCAAUCACAAGAGAAACGCUUCAAUGAAUUGGAGGCAACAGUGCGAUUCAUAGAUGAUGUCAGUUGUGGAGGCAGGAUCACGUCCUUUAAUGGAUCUCUCUCAUCUCCGUUCUACCCCACUUACUAUCCACCCAAUCGAGACUGUCUGUGGACAAUAACUGUCCCUGCUUCUUAUCUGCGGAUUAGGAUUGGAUUUGUGACUCUGAACCUUGACGGAGUGCAGUCAGACUGUGAUAAAGAUUGGGUCUCUGUUAACAGUAAGAGGUACUGCGGUGCGAGUGCAGUGCCCCUGGUGGUGGUGAGCAGCUCCAACAUCCUCACUGUUCAAUUCCACACAGACUCUGCAGGGACCAGCAGGGGGUUCUUAGCAGAAUAUUCAAGCUUUGACCCCAAAGACACUUGCCCAGAGAUGCACGCCUGCGGGGACGGCUCCUGUGAGCCCCUCAGCUAUAGAUGUGACGGCUGGAAUGAUUGCAGCGACAGGAGUGAUGAGCAGAACUGCACGUGUCCUGGAGGGCUGUUCAAGUGUACGAGUGGCGAGUGUGUGCCUAGCACGCUGUUCUGUGAUGGGACACCAGACUGCAAGGAUGAGAGUGACGAGAACAGCUGUAUCGGAAAGGGCUGCGGCCGUCGCCCUGUCCUGCACAGUCGCAUCGUCGGGGGCACCAGCGCGGGGCCGGGGGAGUGGCCUUGGCAGGUGAGCCUUCACUUCCGUCAGCGGGGGCAUAUCUGCGGGGCCUCGCUCAUCAGCCAGCGCUGGAUCAUAUCAGCUUCCCACUGCUUCCAGGACUCCGGCGCGAGCAGGUACUCCAGUCCCUCUCUGUGGUCCGCGGUGAUUGGCACACACUCACAGAAUCUAACGGCCCCCAAGCCAGUCACACAGGCGAUCAAGCGCAUCAUCACCCAUGGGCGCUAUGAUGACGUGUCGCUGGACUAUGAUGUCGCUUUGCUGGAACUGGCAGCCCCCGUGGUGUACAAUGAUAAUAUUCAGGCUAUAUGUCUACCGGCAGCCACACACGUGUUCCCCGUUGGGCAACGCUGCUUCAUAACAGGCUGGGGACUGCUCAAGGAAGAGGGUGCACCUCCGGUGGUACUGCAGCAAGCCCCAGUGAUGAUCAUCAACCAGACCAUGUGUAACCGAUACCUGGGAAACGCCCUGAGCCCCAGAAUGCUGUGUGCGGGGUACCUGAGCGGGGGGGUCGAUGCCUGCCAGGGGGACUCUGGAGGGCCCCUUGCCUGUGAGGCUCCUUCGGGGAGCUGGUUCCUGGCUGGGAUCGUGAGCUGGGGAGAGGGCUGUGCUCGGUGGCACCGCCCGGGCGUGUACACGAGGUUAACGAAGUUCCAGGAGUGGAUACAGGAGCAGACUGAGAGCUGACACCUCUGCUGUGUUAAACCAGACCCCCUUUAGGAACUGCUGCAAAAAAACAACGAGAGCUGUUUACAGUUGAAGGAACAACUGAGCCAAAUCAGUGCAGGCUGUCGUCCAGAGCUGUCAAUAGCUGCAUCCGUUGGGUUGAGCAGUGAUGUCUCUUCAUUUCUCUUAAAGGAGCAGUGAUGUCUCUUCAUUUCUCUUAAAGGAGCAGUGAUGUCUCUUCAUUUCUCUUAAAGGAGCAGUGAUGUCUCUUCAUUUCUCUUAAAGGAGCAGUGAUGUCUCUUCAUUUCUCUUAAAGGGUGUCUUCACACAUGUUUCGUUUGGGCUGAUUUUUUCCGGUUCAGUUAGUUUUACUCGAAUCAAACCGAGUCCUUCUCAAGAGGUGGUCUCGGUCCAUUUGGGCAAAAGGACUUUGGUUUGUGUGUUUCAGUGCAAUGUGAAAGCACAGUCAGUUCAGAAGUGAACCAGCAAAAAGAACUGAGUCCUUUGGAAGUGAACCAA